AUGGCUUGUGAUAAAGUUUAUAUUUUGCUUAAUGGGAAAUUGGGAGUAACCUUAAGGGACAGAUAAUAAAAUGAUGUUUUGAUCAAGGAAAUCAAUAAAUUUGAAGAUUUUGGAAAGAUUGAAGUAUAAAACAACGUUUCUAGAAAUUCUUCUAUCUUGGCACUUAAGAGAAGUGAAAUUUGUAGCAUUGAUAAAAGAACAUAUUAGGAUGUGAUUGGAUAAAUAAAAAAAAAAUCUUCAGAUUAUUUUAUUGAUAAUUUUAAAUUAUUUAGCUGUUUCUAAGGAUUAUCAAAGGCUUAAUAGAUAUCUUUAAUACCUUUAAUCAAUAUUAAAUACUUUUAGAGAAACCAAGUCGUUUUUAAAGAAAAAGAAUCUGCCAAACAAAUUUUUUUUAUAAUCAGUGGAGAUUUCAAAGCUUAUUCUUCAGCUGUAGUUGCUACAAACGACUAUCACGGUGAAUACAUUCUCAAUACAUCUCACCUUACAGCUGAGACAGAAAAUCUAUUUAAAAUGAGACACUGUGUGAAGAAAAUAUAACUUGCAAUUUACUCUACUGGUGAAAUUGUCGGGUGUGAAGAUUUACUCACUGAUGACGAGACUAGAUCUUCUGAAUUAGUAUGUGAUUCUGAGAGAGGUAUUAUAUUUGCCAUUUCACGUUAGGAUUUGGAAAGUAGAAUCGCAGAAGAUGACCCUUUUUGGCAAACUCUCCUUGAUAUUGCCAUGCUUAAAAUGGAAAAUAAAGAAAGAAAACUUGAAUAACUUCGCGAUCCUCAAAGAAAGACCGGAUUGAAUAGAGAAGUUGUUUUAAGCUAAAAACGCAUCCGUAUUAAUAACACUUCUAAUGAAAGAAAGGUCAAUUUUAGCUAACCAUUGAAACCAUUAAGAAAUCCAUCUUGCAUUUAAGAAUAGAGCAAAAACCUAGGAAAAAUUUAAAUUCAUGUUAACAAAUGCUUAAAUUCUUCUUAGGAAAGACUUUAAAAUAACUCUGUGAUUAUUAGAGAUUUUUAACAAAGCAAACCCCUUAUUAAUAAUAUGCCGUAUAAAUAAAUUUAAAAUUUCGAAAACCCUUUAAAGAGCUCUGAAAUACUUUCUUCAAGUGAAAUUUAUUCUUCACAGCAAUUAGACGAAGUUCACUUGAUUAAAAAUAAUUCAUUUAUUACUCAAUUUGAUAAUCACCAUUUCGUCCGUCACCUUGGUGAAAAGUAGUAUCUGCACUCUCAUAGAAAUUCUUACCUAUCAAACCAAUCUUCUAGCACUCAUGAAACAAACGCUGACACUUAAGAAACUACAGGCAGCAAAGGAAAGAGUGAUGUUUCUGCAAGGUAGAAUUUUUAAAUAAUGAACAGCACAAGUUAAAGUGAUUUUUCUCAAAUUCUACCACCAAAAAAAUUUAUUGUCAGCUCUAGAAAAAAUAGAAUCCACUCUUAAGAAGACCUAAAAACUCAAGAAAGUGGAAAUUAUUCAGUUUAAAACACAGUGCAGCCAAUGACUCAUAGAGCUAGAGGAAAUAGAGAAGUAAUCAGAAAGGAUAUGAUCAAUAGAAGUAUGGAUAAUCUAGAAUUUUUGAAAACAGUACAAAAUGCAAAAACUGAAGAUACCGAAAAAGUACAAGAAGGUUUUGAUUAAGUUAAUUAAAGUUAAUUGAUAAAUAAAUACUUGGGGGGAAAUGAUAAGCAUGACUGCUAUAAAGAAAUAAUGAACAAUUUGAAAAAGAAAAACAUUUAAAUACAUGAAAACAAAGAAUUUAAUGAUGUUCACAUGAAUUACAAUUAUUUGAGGUCAUCCAGAAUUGACAGAAGUUCAAUAAAGCUCCAUAGAAUUUCACAAAAACUCUUCUAAGAUUAAAAUAAUUUGAACACAUCCAUAAAUGAAUAAGAUAACUCUCAAAAGAUGUCUCAAGUUAAUUUAUAGCAAGUAAACAAUAACACAUUCAUAGCUAAAGCACCUAAAAUAAUAUCGAAUUCAUUUUUCACCAGCUUUAAAUUUAACUAAAUCAACCAUUAAAAUAACAAAAUUAGCUUCAUAUAAAACCCAAGGGCUUUAAAAUCUUCCUAGUAAAAACUAAAUUCUGCUAAAGAAUCGCUUAAUAACUCUUAAAACAACCUCAGCAUUGAUCAUUAAACCAUCUAAAACAAUUACACGAAUAACACUACAAAUAGUCAAAACAACUACAACUAGUCUUCUCUAUAAAAUGAAUUCAUAGAAACAAACAGAAAUAUUCAAUAUUCAAACGAAACUACAGCAAGAUGCAAAUAAAUUCGUAUCAAAAAGAAAAAUAUUUAAAACUUAUUAAAUUAAUCAAUUUUAUGA